AUGGGAUGCGAUAGCGCGCUCUCGGGUAUCGUAUUGCUAAAGGCGCCUCGACAGAAAACAGCUCAGCCCCAGGAAACACGGAUACCUGCCUUCGCUUCAUCCAGGCCAAUCUGCAUAGAUCUAAAGCAGCCACAGCCGAACUUCUUCAGGCAGCAUUGGACAAAAGAGUGUCGGUUGCCCUUGUGCAAAAACCAUAUGUGGGAAGAAAUGGCG